CCAACCGGGUACAAGUGGAUCUACUACAUCUCGCCGCCCACGUACAGCAUCGCGGCCCUCGUGGCUCUGAUCUUCGCUGACUGCCCGGGAGGAAGCACCGAUGGUCUCAGCUGCCAGACCGUCAAGAAUGCCCCACCAACCAUGGGUAACAUUACGCUCAAGCAGUACGUCGAACAUGCCUUCAACAUGAAGCACGAACUGAUCCUGAGGAACGUCCUCGUGCUAAUCGCGCUGAUCGUGGCCUUCCGGCUUCUCGCGCUUCUCUCGCUGCGCUACAUCAGCCACCUCAAGCGCUACAACCACGAAAAGAAGUAG